GGUUGACUUGUGGUUUAUUGCCUAACAGUUAACCGCCUUCCUUCAAAUUUCACGUGCAGAUUUUUUCCACUUUCCUAAAUCCAUUUGACAAAAACCGCAGCGUGGGUGCGGAUUUUUCUGAAUGAAAAAUAAAAGCUUUAAAAGCUUUAGCGUUUGUCAUAAUAGUAGUUUGCGUUAUAUUUAUUCAAGAGGAAUUAUUAAAAGCAAGUUUAUACCCUAAGUAACGAUGCCACAUAAAUAUGGCUUACUGAUGUUGUUUAUAUAUCACUUCUCAUUUGGCCACAGCAGUGAUGACGUGAAGAAAUGUCCAGAUCGAAUACGAUGCGAGGUCUACAUCAAUAUUUCAUUAACAGGAGGCUCGCAUUGUCUGCUUGUCAAUAAUGAAAAAGCUGUUGAAUUUAUUGAUGACAACAAAACAUCUCCUGAAAUUUCAGUCUACGAUAGUUAUAAAAAAGUUAUGGAAGUUAAGUUUGCAAACAACAAGACACGGACCGGCAUUAUAGUCACUCUGAAAUCACCUGAUUAUACGCAGAAUAUAACUGGUACCUGGUGUAUACAAAAUUACGAAACAGGAGAGCUCUUUGACCUAUUUGAACUUAAAAUUAUGAAAAGAUUCGAGUACCGAAUAAUGCUAAUCGAAAAGGAAAUACAAAAUGUGUCAGACUUUUUAGUAAGUCUUUUUGAUUCAGUGUUGGCGCUAGGGAAGAAGAAAAGAUUGAUGGUACGUUUAGAGAAAAUGAAGAGCAAUUUUAACAAAAGUAAGGAGAAAACACACACAAUUUCUUGGUCUCCGGAGGAACGGAAGAGCUAACGCUUAUGCAGCAGGAAACAAUUAUCAUCAGUAACUGUGAAGAGGAUCAAGAAGAGUUAUUUCAAAAUGUGGAAUCAGUUUAGAAAUCAACAAACACAAAAUACUUCAACUUGAAAGUAAACAAGACAAUUGUUUUUCGGUUCAAUUUGUUUAAAUUAUUAAUCAUAAAAAUGGAAAGACUUCAAAUGUGUUAAAUAUAAUACAAACAAAACUGUUUCGCCUAUUUAUUUUAUUAUAUCCAAUGAUUAUAUUUAUAAGCACACUUUUUAUAAAAUGUUCUUUUUGGUUUAGAGUUUACG